AUGACCAAACGAACAAAAAAAGUUGGAGUUACCGGUAAAUACGGAACGAGAUAUGGUGCCUCUCUCCGUAAACAAAUCAAGAAGAUGGAAGUGACCCAACACGCCCGUUACACGUGUACUUUCUGUGGCAAGGACACGGUCAAACGAUCUGCCGUCGGUAUCUGGGACUGCCGAUCCUGCCGCAAGGUCAUUGCUGGUGGUGCCUGGACUGUCUCGACAACGGCUGCUGCCACUGUCAGGAGUACCGUUCGUCGUCUGGCUGAGUUGCGAGAAGCUUAA